GAAGCGCGACGCCAGGCCGCGCGAGUAAGGAAGCUGUUGUGUUGUUUCGCCCUCGAGUAAGCAGUUCUGUCGGUACGCAGAAACCCGGAUCCUACUUUCUCCUGGCCGGGCGCGCAGCCCUUCUGCACGCCGAGGUGUGACUUGGAUACCCGAGGUCGGGGAGCCCGGCUCUGGCCUCGGAUGCCACUUUUGUCUAGUCAAGUGCUCUGGCCCGGGAAGGGCAGUGGGCGGGGCCGGGGGACCUCCUGCUUCAACUAGACGGAGUCGGGCUGCCCUAGAGCUCCGCGGAGGCGGCCAUCCGGACCUGUGCAGACAGGUCUGGUGUCGGGCCUCGAUGAAGAGGAGCUCGCCGACCCCCGCGGCCCCGCCGGGGGGCGUCCAGGGCGCCUUGUCGCCCGCGGCGGCCGCGGCUCUGCUGGAGGAAGCUGCAGACCUCCUGGUGGUGUACCUGGACUUCCCCGCGGCGCUGAGCACCUGCGAGCGGGGGGCGCAGAGCCUGAGCGCCGGCGGCCUGGCAGGCGAGCCUGGGGGCGCCCUCUUAGAGGUGAAAUGCUCCCUCUGUGUCGUGGGGAUCCAGGCCCUGGCGGAAAUGGACCGGUGGCGAGAAGCACUGGCCUGGGUUCUUCAGUAUUACCAGGUCCCUGAAAAGCUGCCGCCCAAAGUGCUGGAGCUAUGCCUUCUUUUAUACAGCAAGAUGCAAGACCCUGGAGCUGUGCUGGGAGCAGCCCGUGCCUGGCUCCGAGACCCAGACAACCAGGGCCUCCCAGAGUGCCCAGCCCUGGCGGAGCUGCACCUGUGGCGUGUGCUGCUGCCUCUGGGCCACGUAUCUGAGGCAGAGGAACUGGUGGGCUCAGUGGCCUUCAGCAAGCAGCAGAGGCUGGACAUCCUGCAGGCCAUUCGCACAGCAAGGCACCAGCAGAGACACCGACCCGCUGGUUCUGAGGGAGACCAGCAGUUGAACCAGGAAGGCACCUCCCACAAGCUCCUGUCACUGCUGAUGCUGCUUCGCCGGCUGUGGGCCUCUGUGCUGAGCCACUUUGCAUCCCUGCCCUUCAAAAAGAGCCUCCUGGCCACCCUGGUCCUCUGCCUCCUGCUGGUGAGGUUUGACCCAGCCUCCUCGUCCACCCUGCCCUCGCUCUGCAGGGUGGCUCAGCUGUUCCACCGAAUCCGAGGGGCUCUGCUUUCUCCUCUCCACCAGCCCCCCAUCUUCGACUGAGUGGCCUUCUCUGUGGCCUCCGCCCUCCACUACGUGCAUCAGAGCCGCCCGUCCAUGGCCCCUUUGCUGCUGCUGGCCGGGCCCUGGGUGGGGAGGCAGCUCAUUCUCGCUGCGUGGAGGCUCCCCCUCAGCACCCCACGUGGGUUGGUGUCAGAAGGUCACACAGAGACAAGGCUGGGCCAGAGGGCACAAGUUCUUGGGAUCAGUACCCCCCAUACCCAGGGGCCCCUCGUGGUUUGGGGAUGCAGUGCGUCCAUGGAACAUUCCACCCCAGGUCCGGGUGUUGAAGAAGCUGAAGCUCAGGAAAGCCCCUUGGAAAACUACCCCCAGGAGGCUUGUCACUGGGCCAAGCAGCACAGAGAGGGCAUCUCCCCCUCCCCUGCUCCUGCCCCUGCUCUGGUGGUCCCUGAGCACUCUUCCUGUGGUCCCGACUUGAGCUGGCACCUGCUGGGGCUCCAGUCUGUUCAGACCAGGGCCUGGCUCUCAGAGCCACCUGGGGACUGCGAGUUUCAGUGAGUGCACUCUGCUACUCCCAGCAGGGAAUGUGACCCAGCCAGUGCUCCUGGGCCCCAGCGUGCUCUUCCAGGUCCUGCUCUGUUCCCCUGGUGUGUGUGCCUUCUCUCCACCCCCACCUGGAACUGCAGGGGAGCCCUGCACUAUGUCCACUGGCCUUUUCUCUAGGUUCUGCCUGCACCUGGUGGGCACCAUGGCUGACUCCCCCUCUCUGUGUCCUGCUCUAAUUAGAAUCUAUUGCUUGUGUAACACACAUAUUUUUCCGCUUAUGUGGCUUUGAAAAGUGGGCCAGCCUUAGAGGCUGAGAAGCCAAAAAUGGAACUGGGUGAUCAGGAGCUGGAGGGACGAGCAGAGGACAAACAGGCUUUGGAAGUCAGUGCCGUCACCGGCUGCGGGCAUCCUCCACGUUUCUGUGCAGGUUUCUGCCCAGGUAAAUGUAACACACUUGUUGCCCCAGGACAGGGGCUGAACUUCCGGGCUGAAGGCCACCCUGUCCUUCAGCCACAGGACCUCUGUCUGCUGAAGCUGAGAACAAAGCAGGUGCCUUUAGCUUUCCAUAGGUUGGUUUUCAAAAGUCAUCAACUCCUAGGUCAGAUGGAUGGAGUAAGUCAGCUUCUUGAGGAAACAAGUCCCCAGGGGGACAAGUUUCCUAAAUAUCACAGCCCCAGGGUUGGGGGUGGGGGGGGGGCAGAGAAGCAUUCCAAUCUCCUUCAGAAUGACUUGUUAAAAUGAAAAUCCAGUCCUGUUCACUGCCAGGACAGUUCUGUUGAGGCUUCCCAGGCACUGCAGUUGGCUCACACGCUACCUCCCGCCAUGCAGGCCUCUGUCUUUACACAUGUGCACCCCAAUAUACCUCUGCUGUCCCCUCGGGAGUGUUCAGCCUCCCCUUUAUGCCUGGUGAGCCCCACAGCCUUCUGGACCACAUGAGGUUACCCCUGGGAAUCCCUCCUCAAUGUCCCCUGCUUCCAGCCCAUUUCAUAUCCUUUCUGCUGUAGUGACCCCAUGGCCUCGUGGUUGUAAAAUUUCUGUCCCUUGGGGUCCUGUGAGCUCUUUGUAGCUGGGAGGCACGGCCUACUGCCAUGUUUGAGCUCAGCUUUGGGCCCUGCUCCACCGCCACCCACUUGUGUGGCUGCUGGAAGGAGGUUGGACCUCUCGGCCUCCGUGUCCACCCAGGGGAUGAGGUGUCAAACCUGCUGUUUUGACCUGAGCAGGAAGGGCUGUGUCCCUGUUGCCUGGCUUCUUGCCGGGGAGGGAGGUGUCUGGAGGUGUUUAUGGGAAUGAACCAAUGCAGCUGAUAAGGGGUGUGGGGCUUGUUUUGUGAGAGCCCUGAGUGUGAGGCAGCACUGCCGUGCCCGCAGAACCUCCCAGUUCUCUGCUCUGUGUCUGUGCUGAAUGCCACCCACCUGCCUUCUCAGCCGGACAAGGGCCCAGACUAGGACUUCCCCAGGAUUCUGACUUUUCUCAGGAUGCAGGCUUGCCCUCCUGUCUGCCUUCAGCUCUGGGUGUAACGAGGUCAGAAAACCCAGCACCUGUGCUGCCCGGUGGUGGCCAUGACCGCAAGUGGUUCUUGAGCCCCUGAAAUGUGGCUGGACCAGAGUGAGAUGCUCUUCACAUGUACAGUACACGUGGACUUUCAUGGACUUAGAACUAAAGAAAAGAGAAGCUCACUUUUUAUACCGAUUGCUUGUUAAAAUGAUGUUUUGGACAUAUUGGAUUAAAAAAUCUAUGAUUAAAAUUAA